AUGGACGAUAUACUACUGGCGAUGGCUCGGCCUAGACCAUCUUUAUCCCCAUCUCGAUUCUCUAACGAUGAUUUUAGAAGGUUUAGAAGAGCAGACACGCAUGCCUUUGGGGAACGUGAGGUUACAAGAAACGUCAUACCUGUAAUUGAAGGGACAGUCCUAGAUACCAAGUGUAUUGCAGGCGAUAUUGCAUUCACGAACCUCGACGACCUGACCGACGGAACAAUUGUGGCAGCCAUACCUGACCUAUAUUAUGGCGCAAGACCGGAACAGCUUAAUCGCCAAGUUCGCAAGGAACAAAGUGGUAAAAUAAUUCCCUCGUCUCAGAGCGACCUUCCAAUUCUGGCCAACUUUUUCCUUGAGGUAGAAGGCCCUGAUGGGAAUCUGUCAGUUGCAUUCCGACAGGCGUGUUACAACGGCGCCCUGGGAGCCAGAGGUAUGCACAGUCUGCAGUCGUAUUGCCAGCCGGAGUUGGAGUAUGACAACAAGGCAUAUACAAUCUCAUCCACAUACCACGGGGGACAGCUCAAGAUGUUCGCCAGCCAUCCCAUACCACCACGUACACCAGGAGAAAAGCCUGGAUUCGCAAUGACGCAGAUCAAAGCAUGGGGUCUCACUGGCGAUGCUGAUACAUUUCGUCAAGGGGCUGCAGCGUUCCGCAAUGCCAGAGACUGGGCAAAAGAACACAGAGAUUAUGCGAUUCGGCAAGCGAAUCAAUUGGCAGCACGAAAUCACCUUGUUCCGUCGACAGCAGGAGGACUGGCUCUUGGCGUGGAUGAUGAUGCGUCUGGUGAAGACACUCUUGCCACUAGCCAAGAAACAGUGCUGAAUCUUGGCUCACAUGCAACACGCUCCUCCUACUGUUCCGACACCUCGGCAGAUGAACUGUCGACUGAAUUGGGGGAUUGGCUCCCACCUAAGCGUACCAAAUCAAGGUCACGAUCCCGACGGAAGAAUCAGUAG